GGCGGUGGCGGAGGCGCCCCGGAAUUGGACGUUUCGGGAGGGUGAAGCCGCGUGUGGUGCUCAAGUGGGACUUGAAGGGAACCUGUCCCGUAGCUGUCGGGGGAGCGUCUCUCUCUCUCUCUCUCUCUCUCUCCUCUCCUCUCCUCUCCUCUCCUCUCCUCUCCUCUUCUCUCUCUCUCUCUCUCUCUCUCUCUCUCUCGGUGCUCUCCACAGCCGGGGGUACAGCCGAGGGCCUCGGGAGAGGAGUGUGGUUGAGUUAAUUUGGUUAAAUUGUGCUCGAGUUUCCUACUUACACAGCAGAUUCCUGCCCCGGCUCUCCCACUCCACCUGCCGUGGGACCAGGGAGGAAUCUGCUUCCUAAGCAGGAAAUCCGAGAACGAUUUUACUUUCACAUGAAGACAAGGUUAGACAGACAGCCCUCCUGGUACGGCGCACAGGGUCGGAGGGGGAGCUGCUUUGUCUCUGUUUGGAGUCUUUCUGGCUGUCGCUUGCCCCAGGAUAGCUGGUCAGGCGCUCUUGCUGUGAGUGUCAGUGCUGUGUAGAGUUCCGUGUCACCAGGAGGGACACCGCCAGUUAAGCUGGGGCAUAAUGCUUUCUUGUCGUUUGGACUUCCAUUCUUAUCGAAAACACUUUUAGGUGUACAUGGGCAUUCAAAAAUCAAUGCAUAUUGCAAAUCAACUCACAUGUGAAAGGGGUAAAAAAUAAAUGGCUGAAGUGUUCCUUAAGCUUUCCCACAUUCCGGGUGCUCCUCUUCGGAGCACUUUCAGUUCCGAGUGUGUCAUGGUUCUUCCACACAGCUUCUUCCUUUGUGCCACUGAAAACAUUCGCGACUCUCACAGGAGUGCUUUUUCCUUGUCAGGCGGUGACAACUCUUUUUUUUUGACAGGCAGAGUUAGACAGUGAGAGAGAGACAGAGAGAAAGGUCUUCCUUCUGUUGGUUCACCUCCCAAGUGGCCGCUGCGGCCAGCGCUUCUCCUGGUCUCCCAUGGGGUGCAGGGCCCAAGCACUUGGGCCAUCCUCCACUGCCUUCCUGGGCCACAGCAGAGAGCUGGCCUGGAAGAGGGGCAACCGGGACAGAAUCCAGCACCUCAACCGGGACUAGAACCCGGAGUGCCAGCGCCGCAGGUGGAGGAUUAGCCUAGUGAGCCGCAGCGCCAGCCAGGCGGUGACAACUAUUAACACUGCUAUUCGGCAAAAGUCAGUGUGAUCUUCAUCAGAAGCAAAGCUGAGAAAUGAGUACCUCUUCCUAACUCAUUCGUCCUGCUUUUUGGAGGCCAUGGCAUAGGAACUUUAACCCAGGAAUACAACUUUGCAUUAGCACCAGACAAGAUUUGUGAUGAAAUGGAGCCUGGAACAAACUCUUUUCGAGUAGAAUUUCCUGAUUUUUCCAGCACCAUUCUGCAAAAACUGAAUCAGCAGCGCCAGCAGGGACAGCUAUGUGACGUCUCCAUUGUUGUGCAAGGCCACAUUUUCCGAGCACACAAAGCCGUUCUUGCUGCCAGCUCCCCCUACUUUUGUGACCAGGUACUCCUGAAGAACAGCAGGAGGAUUGUUCUACCUGAUGUGAUGAACCCAAGAGUGUUCGAGAACAUUCUGCUGUCCAGUUACACAGGACGCCUGGUGAUGCCUGCUCCGGAAAUCGUUAGUUACUUGACAGCGGCCAGCUUCCUCCAGAUGUGGCACGUGGUAGACAAGUGCACUGAGGUUUUAGAGGGAAACCCUACGGUCCUGUGCCAGAAACUAAACCAUGGCAGCGACCACCAGUCGCCAAGCAGCAGCAGCUACAACGGCCUGGUAGAGAGCUUUGAGCUGGGCUCUGGAGCCCACCCUGACUUCCCCAAGGCCCAGGAACUGAGGGAUGGUGAGAACGAAGAGGAGAGCACCAAAGACGAGCUGUCGUCCCAGCUCACCGAGCACGAGUACCUGCCCAGCAACUCCUCCACCGAGCACGACCGGCUGAGCACCGAAAUGGCGAGCCAGGACGGGGAGGAGGGCGCCAGCGACAGCGCCGAGUUCCACUACACCCGACCCAUGUACAGCAAGCCCAGCAUCAUGGCGCACAAACGCUGGAUCCACGUGAAGCCCGAGCGCCUGGAGCAGGCGUGUGAGGGCAUGGACGUGCACGCCGCCUACGAUGAGCACCAGGUCACUGAGUCCAUCAACACCAUGCAGACCGAGCACUCGGUCCAGCCCUCGGGGGUGGAGGAGGACUUCCACAUCGGGGAGAAGAAGGUGGAAGCCGAGUUUGACGAGCAGGCCGACGAGAGCAAUUACGACGAGCAGGUGGAUUUCUACGGCUCUUCCAUGGAGGAGUUUUCUGGAGAGAGGUCAGAUGGGAAUCUGAUCGCGCACAGACAGGAGGCUGCCCUCGCAGCAGGCUACAGUGAGAACAUCGAAAUGGUGGCAGGGAUUAAAGAAGAAGCUUCCCAUUUAGGGUUCUCGGCCACCGACAAGCUGUAUCCUUGUCAGUGUGGGAAGAGUUUCACUCACAAGAGUCAGCGAGACCGGCACAUGAGCAUGCACCUCGGCCUGCGGCCUUACGGCUGCGGCGUCUGUGGGAAGAAGUUCAAGAUGAAGCACCAUCUCGUGGGCCACAUGAAGAUCCACACGGGCAUCAAGCCCUACGAGUGCAACAUCUGUGCCAAGAGGUUCAUGUGGAGGGACAGCUUCCACAGGCAUGUGACUUCUUGUACCAAGUCCUACGAAGCGGCAAAGGCUGAGCAGAAUACGGCUGAGGCUAACUAAAAAUAGGAGCUGGCCCUUGAGUGGCGUGCACAAAAAUAAACUAUGGUAAUUAAUGCAAAUCUGGGCACAGAUGAUGCGUGCUACUUGCUAUUAUGAGAGACGCUUAAAAAAAAGAGGAAGAUAUUUCUGAAAGACCAGCUCUAAGUAGGCCAAUUAAAAAAUCUAAUUCCUCAAAUUUAUCUUCUAGUCCUGGCCUGGAUUGGGUGAUGGGGGUGAGUUGACCCUCCGCCCAGGUGGCAGGGCCGCUGUGAGGGAGGCAGGUGGCUCGGUGAUGGACACACCUGCCCUCGAACUGAGCCCGCCCGCCAGUUCCACUUCAGGGGGCAGCAGUUUUUGAUCACUCAUUAUUACAAGGUCGAGUUGAAAUUUUGUUUUGCUCUUACAAUAGAUACUUAGGUAAUGUGGAUUUGUUUUGGUAGCUGCUUCACUGAAUGAAAUGCUACUUACAUAAAGCUGCCGACAAUGUGAUUCCUAGAGUGAGAAGUUAAUUAACAGAGCUCUUAUCUGGAUUUACUCUUUGUAAAAGGAUAUUUAACUGAAACUCUGGAGAUGUUACGAAGGUGACAUUCUAAGUAUGGAACGAGUGAUUCAUGGUACAAGCUUCAGUUUUGGUGUGAUGCUACUGUCACAAUGUUUUUUCAGACUCUUGAUAAGGCAGAGUUUGGAUUUGAGUCCUAACAUUGAGUUUGAACUAUUAUACCCAACUAAUUCUUCAGGGUGCCAGAGAUAGGUUUUGCUAAUUGGUUUGCUGUCCCAGAUCCUGUCUGUUUCAUUGUAGCAUCCACGCAGUGGGAUCUGCUCUGGCUAGACUGCUGGCCAGCUGCUGUGGCUCUGACCAUGGUACCGCUGGCUGCUCCAGCCAUUGCUCUGUCUUAGAUUAUGGUGCUUCCGGUGGGAGGGAGCCAGAAGUCGCAGACAAGUUACCUGUGAGCUGCAGGAGGUAACGGCGCGCCACGGUGACACCCCUUCAGAGAGAGUGGCAGAGUAGACUCUCCUGAGUGGGAGGUCGCACUUGAGGGGGGAAUCUGCCCAAGAAGAGUCUUGAAAAAUGCACUGGUGGGGGACCCUCUUUUUGAGGGUGCACUGAGCCCAUGCUGCCAGCUCUGGGAGUGCUGGAAUGUGUUUGAAAAGGGGGAAGAAGGAGUCCCGAUUUAGCAGAGUCGUCUACAGAUCCAUGCUCCCAAAUGACAGAUAAAGCUGCAUAAAUUUACACGUCCACACAGCUAUACCUACCCAGAACUCAAGAGGAGCAGCUAUUCUGAGCUCGCUCUGGCGCUGGGUCCGAUGUUUUAGGUUAAAAAGAAGGCGUACGUCCAGAGUGCUUAAAGCUGUGGCUCGUACCUGAAGUUGGUGCCAGCGUAGGACAGGUUGCUGCUGUGAUGCCAUCUUUCCCAUACACUUUCUGGUCUCGUGUUUCUAAGUAGAAACUGCUUUUUCCUCAAAAUAACUUUCCUUGGACUUGGGGUGAAAAUUUUGUUUUAGAAGUUUGGCCUUGCUCUAAUAGAUAAUGCUGGCAAUGGCCUUUGACCUUCAAGCUCCUAACUGGAUGGGGAAAGAAAAAAUACUUAUUUACCAGUUAAUUCUUGUAAUCAAGACUACAAAACAGGGAUUUAUUCACUAACACUGUAUCAUUCUCGAUAUAUAAAAGCACUUUGUAUUUAAAACUUUAUUAUAAAUAUAUAUAUAUAUUGUUUUUUUAACAUAGAAACUAGAUAUUACCUCUUGGUUGUUUGCCACAUUAAAAUCAUCUUCUCUUAGUGUUGAGACCUCACCAGUCAACAGUCCUUUCUCCGUGUAGCUGACAGGUGUGUAGAGGUGACUGUCCCAUCAGGCCGUGGGUACAGGUGUGAGGAGAACGUCCCGUGUUAACUCCCACCCAUUUCAGUACGAAGGUCGGAAAGCCAUUUUGUUCUGCCAGGAGCUCACGCCCUCUCCGCGGGUGUUAGCGAAGCCGUCUGUCUGUCUGAAGGUUUGGGGUGCUGUUCCCCACUGAGUGUGGCAUGCAGAUGAGCAGGGGGAUGUUUUGGGAGAAGAGUCUGAGAGGUCAAGUGAAUCCCUGGAAAGUCAGAGUCCCGCGGCUGUGCCGACUCACCGUGGCACCUGCUCUGAGUUGGGAUGGAGGCGUUUUUGUUCUGCCAGGCGCAGUGACCCGCCCUUGGUGGCAGUUGGGGGAGCAGGCAGUUGUGCUGGGCUUAUUUACUGUGUUGUGAAGGGAGGAGCAUCUUUGAGAUCCUGUGUAUACAUCAGCUGCUAAACAGAGUGUAAUGUAAGUGAGCUCCUCCCGUCUGCUGGCUUGGGUUUGCUGCGAUAGCUGGGGCUGGCAGGGUUGGCAGCUGUGCCCUGUGGAGAAGGUUGGUAUCUGAAACGCUGGCCGUGUUCAGAGAAGCCAGAGGAAGGGUUCCCUUAGUGUGGGCAUGAAGAGAGAAUUUCUACAGUCCCUGCUACUUGGAGGUCAUAGUGCAUUGCUACCUUGUGAGUCUGUGCCCCGGCCUCGGCACGGCACAGCCGUAGGAACUCACUCCCAGUGAGCAGUGGUCUGGGGCACGGUUCCCGUCUUUCAGGGGUCCUCUCUGGCCUCCAGCCCCAGCGGGCAAGGGCUUCAUGAUACCACCAGUGGCUUUUACUAUCUGUCCUUCAUUUUAAAUCCUCGUGUCACUGUCAUGCACCUGAUACUAGGCUCACCCGCUAACCACGGCAGGGCUGUGUUAACUAAGAGUCUUCGAGAAGGUCUCCACCGUUCCAGUGAGUGUUCGCUGAGCUGAACCCACCCCAGGUGGGCUUCUGGCUUUUUGGGAAAGCUGCUUCCCUCAGUGGCUCCGUACACUGGAGCAGGAGCGGCAAAGCCAGGCCUUCCCAGAGUCAGGAGCCCGGGGUGGGGGUGGAGAGGUGUCCCGGGGCAGGGCUCUGGUGGGGCAGGGAUGCCUGCAGACAAGCAGCAGCCUCCUCCUGCCUCCCCUGCGCUCCAGUGCAGUGACUUUCAUGGGUCACUAACUUUGUUCAGUGAAACCAGGGUUGGUUUGGUUUUUUUCUUUGCUAUUUACAUAUUUAAAGGUACAGGUUUCUUAUUUCAAAUCUCUACUGAUAGUGCCCUAUGGGAAGAUGCUGGAACACAUUUUGCAAAUGUGACCUUUUUUGUUUGUUUUUAAUUUUGCUUGAAGCCUGUGUCAUGUCAGUUGCUGCUGCUGCCUUUCCUUUUUUGAGGUUCCCAAUGUUUCUCCCAGAAAAUUUAUUUAUGUAAGUCAGGUGACUCUUAGGCCACAAAACCAUUUGAUGAUAAACAGAUUGUCCUUAGGUGCAUAUCUCAUUGAUACUUCGUGAACUGUUAUGCCUGUGUUACAAAAGUUGAAUAGUUCUGUCUUUCUAUAUUGCUGUCUUCAGUGUACAGCAUGGUUUUACUUAAUUGAGUGUUACUGUUUAAUAUUUUCUUCUUAUAGAAGAGACCAUGCCCUUUUGUAUGACAUGUUUUAAUAAAUGUUACCUGUCAAUUUUGCAAA